AUACCCGCCGUUCUCGGCCUCUUGGGCGUCGCCGCCGCUGCCACCGACAACGUCUCAACCACGCCUCAAACCGACGUCCCUCCCGACUGGGCCACCAACAAUGCGCUGCAGAUGAACCUGUCGGCACCCAACGGGCAGGCAGACCCCAUCCAAUACACCGUCAUUCCUGUCAUUCCGAACGCUGGUCCGAACCACAGACAAAAGCCCAUCAACAUCACCGGCGACAUGAUUGCUACCGACGUGUCCAACUUUAACAAGGUCACAAAGCCCAACGAUGUCGCAUAUAUGUCGUGCGACCGUCCUUCGUCAGAUACCUUCAUCAGCACCGAUGAGAUGCUCAACGACAUCAUUGCUCAAGGCCCCAAGGCCAUCGUCCUCUACUCGCUUGCCAGCACAUGGUGCAGUCUCGAUUUCGGGAGCCCGCCGGCCUUUUCCAACAUCCUCUCCAUGGCCGACAGCGGCGAAGCCCAGGGGGUCUUGAACUCUCUCAACGGCACUGCUACCGGGCGGCUGGUCAAUGUUUCCAUCACGGGAAACGCAUCAAGUGAUGGCUCUGGCGAUCCUGGAGGAGGCACCAACAACUCGACUGUCGCCAUGGCCAUUCUGUACACCAUUACCGCCCUCAUUGCCAUCUUGUUCGUCGUAAUCAUUAUUACCGGCAUCGUCAGGGCGCAGCGGCACCCCGAAAGGUAUGGCCCUCGGCGGGCUCUGGGAAACCGACCUCGGCAGAGCCGUGCAAGGGGACUUGCCAUGGCCGUUCUCGAGACGCUCCCCAUUGUCAAGUUCAAGAACAACCAGGACUCAGCCAAGCCGGAUCCCGACCUUGAGCUGGACGCAGCCACGACUGGUGAUGGCAGAACUCAGCGGUCGUCUUCCAUCUUCACCAAUGACCCACGGCACGAGGCUUCCGGGCAAGCCACGGGAGUCACAGGCGCCACAGGCCAUGAUGAGGCUGGCAAUGCGGCUCCAGUCGCAGAGUCGCGCGGCGCUGCUGAUGCCGCUCCUCCUGCUGAAAACGCGGGCUGUUCCAUCUGCACAGAAGACUUCAAGGAAGGCGAAGAUAUGAGAGUCUUGCCCUGCAAUCACAAGUUUCAUCCGACAUGCAUCGACCCCUGGCUCGUCAACGUAUCUGGCACAUGUCCUUUGUGUCGGCUUGACCUUCACGAGGCUGCCCUCGACGCGGAAGACUCGGCCAUUGACAGGACUGUUUACAAUAGAAAUUCCACAUUGCCGCCUCCUCUGGCCUUGGACGGUGAGGAUGACGAGGGCGCUCAUGGUCACCACCGCAACAGGCUCUCUCGCCUUUUCGACAUCAACAGGUUGCGACAGGCUACGCGAGAGGAGCAAAUAGCAGCUCUUCGUCAGAUGCGGACAAACCGCCAGAACGAAACGGGGGCUCAGGAAUCGAGCAACCACGAUGCAGAGCGUGAAAGGGGGCAGAGGGCUCACCUCACAGCCAAGCUCAAGGAGAAGUUUCGAAUUCGGACCAGAGCCCGGUCUCCGGAGGGUUCGGACGACUACUAA